ACAUGAAUUACGAUGAAGACAUUGUCGAUGAAGACGAAUAUGAAGAGUCGGAAGCUACAAUGUUGUUCGCUGAAGAAAUCAAAAAACAGUUCAAAAGAGAGUUUCCGUUGAAAGCAGAGACAGAAAAAAAGCUGAAGCAGGCAACAUUUCGUCGACAUGCGCCGGUGGAGGCCAGAAAAAUCAAUUUCGAUAUGACACUCUCACCUGUGGCUCCAAUCGAAUUGGCAAGUGCAAAAAAAGAAAAAGAGUCGGCACAGCGUCAAUUGGUAACACUCCGUGAAGAUCACGAACGUAUGAAACAAAUGAUGCAAACGAAUCAAGCGAAGUUGGCUGAAAAAACCAUUGAUCUGGAGACGAAUCGUGAGAAAAUGUUGGAGCUGCAAGAGCAAGUCGAACUUCUGAAGCAAGAACGAGAUGACACCAUCGCAGAGUGUAAUCGAAACGUUGAUAUUUGGACAGCAUUCGGCAAAAAAUACUACACUUGGUACUCAAUGGCGAAUACUCAGCUGGAAUCUGUGAAAUUGUACAUAGACAACGACGGAAAGUUUGAAAACGACGAAGAAGUUACACGAUUGAAUGCAGUUCCAAGACAGAUGUACAGGGCUCUUGAACAAUUCGAUUAUGAUGAUGAAACAGUAGAAGAACUUGGUUCAGGAAGUCUGCUAGAAUAUGAAGGUGUUUCAUUUGCUACCCGUAGACCACCAUCUCCUGAAACGGAAAGAGAAAUCGCUCGUGCUGAUCAAUCGGCUGCUAACUUUACUCUACCUCAAUCCAAUUUCACACUUCUCGAGGAUUCAAAUAACACCAUAAUGCCAGAAGAUCAAACAAUGAUGACUGAUGGCUGCAUUGCCAAUCGAUCACUUAUUGAUUACGAGAAAGAUGAGAAAAUUCAGCGAUUACUACUGGAAAACAGUGUUCUCAAAGAUCGUUUGAAUGUCUCGAGUGGGCGUGCUGAAAGGUCGAUGAUUUUCGAAGAACGUAAUCGUACUUUAGAGUUUGAGAAGAAAGCUCUCCAUAAGCAGUUGGACAGCACAUUUAGUGAGAUUGAAGCUAUUCGGAUUGGCCAAGCAGGGAACUUGUUCAAUAUAGACGAGAAAAUUCCUUCGAGUUCAGACAAUUCCGCUAAGCAACUGCAGCUCAUUGACAGAAUCACUCAGCUCAUUACGAAGAACAAUCAGCUCGAAAAAGAUUUUGAAGCAGCUACUUCCAGAAUGACGAAAGUUAUGCGAGAAAGCACAGACUGUGCUCGUCGCAACGAACGACUUGAGGAUGCUUUUUCGAGCGAGAGAGUCAGAAGCCAAGACCUUGAAAAUGAGAAAAGCCGGCUCUCUGAACAGUUAGAGUUGAGCAACAAUGAAUUGGAGAAGGUCAAGAAACAGUUGGAAGAAUCUCAAUCUCAGCUCGAUGAAGUUCUCAGCAUGACUUUAACUGUCCCAGCUUCAGAACCGGCAUCUUUACCUGCUCCAACCGAUGCCGGAAAUAGUACACAGAUUUUCCAUAUGGCUUCUAAUCCACUCCAAGAUGCUCACAAUGAAUUCCAAGCGUCUGAAAGUAGGAAAAGAAAGUUGACAGAUGCUCCAGCUGGUGAUCAAUGGAGAGAGCAAGAGUUUGCUGAAUUGGAGAAGCGUCUUUACGACUGCGAAAGUGAGAAAAAAGUACUCGAAAGUAGUUACAAUCUUCAUAAGGAACUCUCGUCGAAGUUCCGGCAAGUUUGUAUUGCUCUGACCGGUCUCCAAAUCAAACUGAAAGAUGCAGACGAAGGAAUAUGCACUGUACAAAGCGAAUAUGAAGGUGGUUCCGCUCAGCAGUUCGUGUUUAAGUAUUUCUAUGGAACUCCUCGCAUCGAUAUGCUUGAUGUCAGCUGUGAAUCAACUACUGAAAUGCUUCGAAAGUGGGAGCCACUUAUGAAAAAGUACAUUGGCGACCGAAAUUCGAUUCCGGCUUUCUUAGCAGCAAUGACUCUUCAGCUGGAACAGGAUCGAGAUUUUGACGAGACGAUGCAUGAGAGAACACAUACAUUCAGUGUCUUACACGAGGACUAAAUCAUUGAGCUAUCUAGAUCUCAAUUAUUUUUCUUCAAAGGAGAAGCUGUUAAAUACACUGUUACCUGAAUAUUUGAUGUUUCAUUCCAUUUUAUUUAUUUAUUUUUUAAUCUAAAACGUGUAGUGAUCAAAAUUAAUCACACAAUGAACGUUAUAUUUUCUU